ACUAUCUAUUAUAAAAGGACGUUAAGGACUCUAAAAAACAUUUUUCAAGCGCAAUUUGAAGAAACAAACACAGAAUCCGCAUCCAAAUUUGUUCAACGAAUGAUCGUUGUAGCUGAGGCUAUAUUGAAUUCGGAUAAAACCAAACAGAUACCCGACCAACUAAAAAAAGAAUAUCAAUCUUACAAAGAUGUAUGCCCAAAACCACACAAACCAGAAUCUGAUCACACAAGUGAACAUAAAGCACCAUCUGAGGAUAAAAGUGAUAAAAUCAUGAUUAAAAAUAAUAAUUAUACAUGUGAUAGUACCAAAUGUGACUUACCAGAUACAGUUAAUUGUAAAGAUAUUUUAAAUUAUAUGAUUGUGCAUUACGAAAAAGAUAUUCACGAGUAUAGAAUUGAGAAGGUUAAUUAAAUCAAUUAAAGACCGAUGACUAAACCUGGCGAAGAAGAGAAUGAUUCAAGAAAUAAGAAGACACGCGUAUUUAAUAAUUAAAUAUAAUUUGUUAUUUUGACGAUUCGUAAUAAAUUAGUACCUAUUAUAAUAUUGCACAAUAUAUAUCUUUAAAUGUAUUAACAUUUCACUAUACCUCUAAGAAUAAAAUAUAAGAUUAAGACGUGUGUAUUUAAGCCUAUCAAAAGUCAACACUAAGCAUAAAAUAUACAUUUUUAAUAAUUUAAUAUUAUUAUUUAUCAUAAACUAUUUAUCCAUUAUGAUAUUUGAUUGCAACAAAUAAAUAGUAUUUUAUUGC